CGGCGGCCCUCGCAGAGGCGAUGCCCGGGCGGCUGGGAGCCGCCGGCCGCAGGAGGCCUUAGGCGGGCAUGGGCUUGGCAGCCCAGUCCUAGCGACCCUCUGCUCCGACUCGCCGGACGGACGCGAUGGCCUCGGAAGUGGUGUGCGGGCUCAUCUUCAGGCUGCUGCUCCCCGUCUGCCUGGCAGUAGCCUGUGCGUUCCGGUACAAUGGGCUCUCCUUCGUCUACCUCAUCUACCUCCUGCUCAUCCCCCUGUUCUCAGAACCAACCAAAGCCACCAUGCAAGGACACACAGGACGGUUGUUAAAGUCUCUGUGCUUCACCAGUUUUUCCUUCCUGUUGCUGCAUAUAAUUUUCCACAUCACGUUGGCAAGUCUGGAGGCGCAACACCGCAUUGCACCUGGUUACAACUGCUCAACCUGGGAAAAGACAUUCCGACAGAUCGGCUUUGAAAGCUUAAAGGGAGCUGAUGCUGGCAACGGGAUCCGAGUGUUUGUGCCUGACGUCGGCAUGUUCAUAGCCAGUCUGACCAUCUGGCUGGUCUGUAGGAACAUCGUUCAGAAACCAGUGACUGAAGAAGCAGCGCAGUAUAAUCUGGAGUUUGAGAAUGAAGAAUCGGCUGGAGGAGAAAAAAUAGACCCAGAAGAGGCACUGAUCUAUGAAGAGGAUUUAGAGGAAAGAGAUGGUGUUGAAGGCGAUUUGGAAGAAAGCACGAAAUUAAAACUCUUCCGCAGGCUGGCCUCUGUGGCUUCCAAGCUUAAGGAGUUCAUUGGCAACAUGAUAACCACCGCGGGGAAGGUUGUUGUGACGAUUUUACUGGGUUCAUCAGGAAUGAUGCUGCCCUCUCUGACCUCGUCCGUGUACUUCUUUGUGUUUUUGGGUCUGUGCACCUGGUGGUCCUGGUGCCGGACCUUCGACCCCUUGCUGUUCAGCUGUCUCUGUGUCCUGCUGGCUAUUUUCACUGCGGGACACUUGAUUGGACUGUAUUUGUACCAGUUCCAGUUCUUCCAAGAAGCAGUCCCUCCCAACGACUACUAUGCCAGGUUGUUUGGUAUCAAAUCAGUCAUUCAAACAGACUGUUCCAGCACAUGGAAGAUCAUAGCAAACCCAGACCUGUCAUGGUACCACCACGCCAACCCCAUCGUCCUGCUGGUGAUGUACUACACGCUGGCCACUCUAAUCCGAAUCUGGCUACAGGAGCCCCUUGUGCAGGAAGAGAGGACCAAGGAAGAGGACAGAGCCCUGGCCUGCAGCCCGGUCCCCAUCACAGCCGAGAGGAGGCGGAGCCUGUGGUACGCGACCCACUACCCCACGGAUGAGAGAAAACUUUUAUCCAUGACUCAAGAUGACUACAAACCAUCUGAUGGCCUGCUGGUGACUGUGAAUGGCAACCCCGUGGAUUACCACACCAUCCACCCGAGCCUUCCCCUGGAGAACGGCCCCGCCAAGGCCGACCUGUACUCCACCCCACAGUACCGCUGGGACCCCGCCGCCGACUCCCUGGAAAAGAAGGAGGGAGAAGAUGAGAAAGAAGAAUUUGAGGAGGAGAAGGCCCACGAGGAGAAAAGGAGUGUCAAAGUCCAUGCCAUGGUCUCUGUGUUCCAGUUCAUCAUGAAGCAGAGUUACAUCUGUGCCCUUAUCGCUAUGAUGGCGUGGAGCAUCACGUACCACAGCUGGCUGACGUUCGUGCUGCUGAUCUGGUCCUGCACUCUUUGGAUGAUUCGCAACAGAAGGAAAUAUGCCAUGAUCAGCUCUCCAUUCAUGGUUGUCUACGGAAAUCUACUGCUCAUAUUACAGUACAUAUGGAGUUUUGAACUCCCUGAAAUUAAAAAGGUCCCAGGAUUUUUAGAAAAGAAAGAGCCAGGGGAACUUGCCUCAAAGAUCCUUUUCACCAUUACGUUUUGGCUGUUGCUGAGACAGCACCUCACAGAGCAAAAAGCUCUCCAAGAAAAGGAAGCUCUUCUGUCUGAGGUCAAAAUCGGAAGUCAGGAAAAUGAAGAAAAAGAUGACGAACAGGACAUACAGGUGGAUGGGGAGGCCCAGGAGAAGAAGGAAGAAGAGGAGCCAAAGGAGGAGAAGCAGGAGCAGAAGAAGGAGGAGGAGGAGGAGGACGAGCAGGACAUCAUGAAGGUGCUGGGUAACCUGGUGGUGGCCUUGUUCAUCAAGUACUGGAUCUACGUCUGUGGAGGGAUGUUCUUCUUCGUCAGCUUCGAGGGUAAAAUCGUGAUGUACAAGAUCAUCUACAUGGUGCUCUUCCUGUUCUGUGUGGCCCUGUAUCAGGUGCACUAUGAGUGGUGGAGACGGAUCCUGAAAUAUUUCUGGAUGUCGGUGGUUAUCUACACGAUGCUGGUGCUGAUCUUUAUAUACACAUAUCAGUUUGAAAACUUCCCGGGCCUGUGGCAAAAUAUGACUGGAUUGAAAAAAGAAAAGCUGGAGGACCUUGGCUUAAAACAGUUCACGGUGGCUGAGCUCUUCACGCGCAUAUUCAUCCCCACGUCCUUCUUGCUGGUGUGCAUCCUGCACCUGCACUACUUCCACGACCGCUUCCUGGAACUCACGGACCUGAAGUCCAUUCCCAGCAAGGAAGACAGCGCCAUCUACAGACUGGCCCACCCCGAGGGAAGCCUUCCGGACCUUGCCAUGAUGAAGCCAACCGCCAGCUUGGAGGUGGUGGAAGUCAAGCAGCUGGCAGGACCUGGGGAGGAGAAGCCGGGGGGAUGCCCUGCAAAGGCCAAGAAGGGUGAGCUUGGCAAGGAGAGUGAGGAAGAGGACGAGGAGGAGGAGGAGGAGGACGAGGAGGAGGAAGAGACGUCAGAUCUGAGGAACAAGUGGCACCUGGUGAUUGACCGCCUCACGGUGCUGUUCCUGAAGUUCCUGGAGUGUUUCCACCAGCUGCAGACGUUCCUGUGGUGGAUCCUGGAGCUUCACAUCAUCAAGAUCGUCUCCUCCUACAUCAUCUGGGUGUCCGUGAAAGAGGUAUCUCUGUUCAACUAUGUGUUUUUGAUUUCUUGGGCUUUUGCUCUGCCGUACACCAAGCUCCGCCGCCUGGCUUCAAGCGUCUGCACUGUGUGGACGUGUGUGAUCAUUGUCUGCAAAAUGUUGUACCAGCUGCAGACCAUUAAGCCUGAGAACUUUUCUGUCAACUGUUCCUUGCCAAAUGAAAACCAAACGAAUAUACCCCUGCAGCAGCUGAACAAGUCUCUGCUCUACAGCGCCCCCAUUGACCCAGCGGAGUGGGUCGGCCUGAGGAAGUCCUCUCCUUUGCUUGUCUACCUGAGGAACAACCUCCUGAUGCUGGCCAUUCUGGCCUUUGAGGUCACCAUCUACCGCCAUCAGGAGUAUUAUCGCGGUCGGAACAACCUCACGGCCCCCGUGUCUAAAACCAUCUUUCACGACAUUACAAGACUCCACCUGGAUGAUGGACUUGUCAGUUGUGCCAAGUAUUUCAUCAAUUACUUCUUCUACAAGUUUGGUCUGGAGACCUGUUUCCUCAUGUCAGUUAACGUGAUCGGUCAGCGGAUGGAUUUCUACGCCAUGAUUCACGCCUGCUGGCUGAUUGCCGUCUUGUACCGGCGCCGAAGGAAAGCCAUCGCGGAGAUCUGGCCCAAGUACUGCUGCUUCCUGGCCUGCAUCAUCACCUUCCAGUACUUCAUCUGCAUCGGCAUCCCUCCCGCCCCGUGCCGAGAUUACCCCUGGAGGUUCAAGGGCGCCAGCUUCAACGACAACAUCGUCAAGUGGCUGUACUUCCCAGACUUCAUCGUGCGGCCCAACCCCGUGUUCCUCGUGUAUGACUUCAUGCUGCUUCUGUGCGCCUCCCUACAACGGCAGAUUUUCGAGGACGAAAACAAGGCCGCCGUGCGGAUCAUGGCAGGUGACAAUGUGGAGAUCUGCAUGAACCUGGACGCGGCCUCGUUCAGCCAGCACAACCCCGUCCCCGACUUCAUCCACUGCAGGUCGUACCUGGACAUGUCCAAAGUGAUCAUCUUCAGCUACCUCUUCUGGUUCGUGCUCACCAUCAUCUUCAUCACCGGGACGACCAGGAUCAGCAUCUUCUGCAUGGGUUACCUGGUGGCCUGCUUCUACUUCCUGCUCUUUGGGGGCGAUUUGCUGCUGAAGCCCAUCAAGAGCAUCCUGCGGUAUUGGGACUGGCUGAUUGCAUACAACAUCUUUGUGAUCACGAUGAAAAACAUACUGUCGAUAGGAGCAUGUGGCUAUAUUGAAAAAUUGGUUCAAAAUAGUUGCUGGUUGAUCCAAGCUUUCAGCCUGGCCUGCACAGUCAAGGGCUACAAAAUGCCUGAUGAUGAUUCCUCGUGUAAACUACCCAGCGGGGAAGCGGGGAUUAUUUGGGACAGCAUAUGCUUUGCCUUCCUCCUGCUGCAGAGAAGAGUUUUCAUGAGUUACUAUUUCCUGCACGUCGUGGCGGAUAUUAAAGCUUCACAGAUCCUGGCUUCGAGGGGGGCUGAACUUUUCCAGGCCACGAUUGUAAAGGCUGUAAAGGCAAGAAUUGAGGAAGAGAAAAAGUCAAUGGACCAGCUGAAGAGGCAGAUGGAUCGCAUCAAGGCCAGGCAACAGAAAUACAAAAAGGGUAAGGAGAGGAUGCUGAGCUUGACCCAGGAGUCGGGGGAAGGCCAGGACAUCCAAAAACUCUCUGAAGAGGAUGAUGAAAGAGAAGCAGACAAACAGAAAGCCAAGGGCAAAAAAAAGCAGUGGUGGCGGCCUUGGGUUGAUCAUGCUUCCAUGGUCAGGAGUGGAGAUUACUAUUUGUUUGAAACGGACAGUGAAGAGGAGGAAGAGGAAGAAUUAAAAAAGGAAGAUGAAGAGCCUCCACGAAGGUCAGCUUUCCAGUUUGUUUAUCAAGCCUGGAUUACUGACCCUAAAACAGCACUCCGACAGAGGCGCAAAGAGAAAAAAAGAUCUGCAAAAGAAGAACAGAAAAGAAGGAGAAAAGGAUCUGGGGACGUCUUGGCAGGUUCUGUGGAGUGGGAAGACCGGGAGGAUGAACCGAUCAAGAAGAAGUCUGAUGGACCAGAUAAUAUCAUCAAGAGGCUAUUUAAUAUUCUGAAGUUCACCUGGGUCCUGUUUCUGGCGACCGUGGACAGUUUCACAACAUGGCUGAACUCCAUCUCCAGGGAGCACAUCGACAUCUCCACCGUCCUGAGGAUCGAGAGGUGCAUGCUGACCAGAGAGAUUAAAAAGGGCAACGUCCCGACCCGGGAGAGCAUCCACAUGUACUAUCAGAACCACAUCAUGAACCUUUCCAGAGAGUCGGGACUGGACACCAUUGAUGACCAUCCUGGCGCCACCGCAGGUAUACAGACAGCCCACAGGAUGGACAGCUUAGAUUCCCACGACAGCAUCUCCAGCUGCUACACGGAAGCAACCAUGCUGUUCUCAAGGCAGUCCACCCUUGAUGAUUUAGAUGGACCAGAAACUGUUCCUAAAACAAGUGAGCGCGCUCGGCCCGGGCUCCGUAAAAUGUUCAGCAUGGAUGUGUCCUCUUCGUCAGCUGAGAGUGCCAGCUUAGCCUCCAGUGAGCCCACGCAGUGCACGAUGCUCUACUCGCGCCAGGGGACCACAGAGACCAUAGAGGAGGUGGAGGCCGAGCAGGAUGAGGAGGCGCCUGAGGAGGCCCGGGACACCCAGUCCCCACAAGACCCCACGGAGGACGGCGACAUGGAGGCCCCGCCGUCCUACAGCAAGGCCGUCAGCUUUGAGCACCUGUCUUUUGACUCCCGGGACGACUCGGGGGGCCAGACCCACAUGGCGGUCAGCCCCAACGACAGCCGCUCGGACCGCCUGGAGGCCAGCAUCCUGCCACCCCUGACCCAUGAGCUGACGGCCAGCGAGCUACUGCUGAACAAGAUGUUCCAUGACAAUGAGCUGGAAGAGUCAGAGAAGUUCUAUGUUGGGCAGCCCCGCUUCCUGCUGCUGUUCUACGCCAUGUACAACACGCUGGUGGCCCGCUCGGAGAUGGUGUGCUACUUCGUCAUCAUCCUCAACCACAUGGUCUCCGCCUCCAUGAUCACCCUCGUGCUGCCCAUCCUGAUCUUCCUCUGGGCCAUGCUGUCUGUCCCCCGGCCCAGCAGACGGUUCUGGAUGAUGGCCAUCGUCUACACAGAGGUGGCAAUUGUGGUCAAGUAUUUCUUCCAGUUUGGGUUCUUUCCCUGGAACAAGAGUGUGGAAUUGAACAAAGACAAGCCUUACCACCCACCCAACAUCAUUGGGGUGGAGAAGAAGGAGGGCUACGUUCUCUACGACCUCAUCCAGCUGCUGGCCCUCUUCUUCCACCGGUCCAUCCUGAAGUGCCACGGCCUGUGGGACGAAGAUGACAUCGCCGACGGCGGCUCUGACGAGGUGGGCUCGGACGACGAGCUGUCCCUCGGCCAUGGUAGGAGGGGCUCCUCCGACUCCCUGAAGUCCAUCAACCUGGCCGCGUCCGUGGAGUCGGUGCACGUGACCUUCCCCGAGCAGCCGGCCGCCAUCAGGAGGAAGCGCUCCAGCAGCGGCUCCCAGACGUCCCAGGGCUCCAGCUUUUCCUCCGAUAGGUCCAAGAAAGGCAGCACAAGCACCCGAAACAGCAGCCAAAAAGGAGGCAGUGCUGUGAGCAUCAAGCAAAAAAGCAGACGGGAACUUUAUGUGGAGAAGCUUCAAGAACACUUAAUCAAGGCAAAAGCCUUUACUAUAAAGAAGACCCUGCAGCUCUACGUGCCCAUCAGACAGUUCUUCUACAACCUCAUCCACCCCGACUACAGCGCCGUGACCGACGUGUACGUGCUCAUGUUCCUGGCAGACACCGUCGACUUUGUCAUCAUCGUCUUCGGCUUCUGGGCCUUUGGGAAACAUUCAGCUGCGGCCGACAUCACCUCCUCGCUGUCGGAGGACCAGGUCCCGGGGCCCUUUCUGGUGAUGGUUCUCAUUCAGUUCGGGACCAUGGUGGUGGACCGGGCACUGUACCUCAGGAAGACGGUCCUGGGGAAGGUCAUCUUCCAGGUCAUCCUGGUGUUUGGAAUUCACUUCUGGAUGUUCUUCAUCUUGCCUGGUGUGACUGAGAGGAAAUUCAGCCAGAACCUGGUCGCCCAGCUUUGGUACUUCGUGAAAUGCGUGUAUUUCGGGUUGUCCGCCUACCAGAUCCGCUGCGGCUACCCGACGCGGGUCCUCGGAAACUUCCUCACCAAGAGCUACAACUACGUCAAUCUCUUCUUGUUUCAAGGGUUCCGCCUUGUCCCUUUUCUGACGGAGCUGAGGGCCGUGAUGGACUGGGUGUGGACGGACACGACCCUGAGCCUGUCCAGCUGGAUCUGUGUGGAGGACAUCUACGCUCACAUAUUCAUCCUCAAGUGUUGGCGGGAGUCAGAAAAAAGGUACCCGCAGCCCCGGGGGCAGAAGAAGAAGAAGGUGGUCAAGUACGGGAUGGGGGGGAUGAUCAUCGUCCUGCUCAUCUGUAUUGUCUGGUUCCCUCUGCUCUUCAUGUCUCUGGUCAAAUCUGUCGCCGGGGUCAUCAACCAGCCCCUGGACGUCUCGGUCACAAUUACCCUGGGCGGGUACCAGCCUAUUUUCACAAUGAGUGCCCAGCAAAGCCAGCUGAAAGUUAUGGACCAGCCAAAGUUUAAUAAAUUUAUUAAAGCUUUUUCUAAGGACACUGGUGCUAUGCAAUUUCUGGAAAAUUAUGAAAAAGAAGACAUAACAGUAGCAGAACUGGAAGGAAACUCAAAUUCUUUGUGGACCAUCAGCCCUCCCAGUAAGCAGAAAAUGAUACACGAGCUCAUGGAUCCCAAUAGUAGCUUCUCUGUUGUUUUUUCAUGGAGUGUGCAGAGAAACAUGAGUCUGGGUGCAAAAGCAGAAAUAGCAACAGAUAAGCUUUCUUUUCCUCUUAAAAAUACGACACGAGAGCACAUUGCUAAAAUGAUAGCUGGCAACAACACAGAAAGUUCCAAAACGCCAGUGACCAUAGAAAGGAUUUACCCAUACUACGUGAAAGCACCCAGUGACUCUAACUCCAAACCCAUAAAGCAACUUCUAUCUGAAACUAAUUUCAUGAACAUAACCAUCAUUUUGUCCAGAGACAAUACAACUAAAUCCAACAGUGAGUGGUGGGUUCUCAACUUGACUGGGAAUAGAAUCUACAACCAGCAUGUGCAGGCCCUGGAGCUGGUGGUCUUCAAUGACAAGGUCAGCCCCCCAAGCCUGGGGUUCCUGGCCGGCUACGGUAUCAUGGGCCUCUACGCUUCAGUGGUCCUGGUGAUUGGGAAGUUUGUCCGUGAAUUCUUCAGUGGGAUUUCUCACUCCAUCAUGUUUGAAGAGCUUCCAAAUGUGGAUCGGAUUUUGAAGUUGUGCACAGAUAUUUUUUUAGUUCGAGAGACCGGGGAGCUGGAAUUGGAGGAGGACCUCUAUGCCAAAUUAAUAUUCCUGUACCGUUCGCCAGAAACCAUGAUCAAAUGGACCAGGGAGAAAACAAACUGA